ACCACUUAUAUAGUCUAUUGACUGAAGAAGACCUCGUCUGUGUAGGUAGUUAAUGAAUAAUAUACCAACUGACUAAGUAAAGCGAGCCCUCCAUGUCCAUUAAUCGUAAGUUGCCUGCUCGGCUAUGCCCUUACCCGACGCGAGCCGACAUCCGAUCGGGAUGGCGUCCCCGCAUCUGUGCGGGGAAUAUUUAUCUUCUUGUUCUUCUUCUUCCUCGAACAACUGAUUUCCAUCUUGAAUUAAUUCUGAGUACCAAUUACUUCUUCUUCUCGUUCAACAAUCUACUUCAUUCAAAAUGAGAAACCACGUUUUCCCCGGUGGCAUCCACGUCCCCAUCCUGACCUGGUUCAAGGAUGGUCCCCGCCAGGAGAUCGAUUGGGAGGUCCAGGAGCAACAUUUCAAGUACAUGGUUGAGUCGGGGAUGCAUGGAUUGGUUCUUGCAGGAACCAACGGCGAGGCCGUCACCCUGUCGACGGAAGAGAAAGUCGAGCUGGUGCGCCGCGCUCGCGCCGUUGCCACCCAGCUCGGCCGGCCCGAUAUCACCAUCACCCUCGGGGCGAGCGGACAGGCCACGCGCCAGGUGAUCGACGAGUGCGUUGCGGCGAAGACCGCGGGGGCCGAUUUCGCCAUGGUCCUGGUCCCCAGCUACUUCCACUUCGCCAUGGAUUCCGCCGCCAUCAUCGCCUUCUUCCAGGAGGUCGCCGACAACAGCCCCGUGCCCAUCAUGGUCUAUAACUUCCCCGGUGUCGCCGCGGGCCUCGACGUCAACUCCGAGAUGCUCAUCACCCUCAGCGAGCACCCGAACAUCUCCGGUGUGAAGCUCACCUGCGGCGGUAUCGGUAAGGUGCCCCGCGUCACCGCCGCUACCUCGCAGUUCAGCGUGCUCGGCGGCCAGAUCGACUGGCUUAUCCCUGCCAUGUCCGUCGGCGGCAUCGGGGCCAUCACCGGCAUGGCAAACUUGUGGCCUAGGGCUUGCGUUGAACUGUACGAGCUCGCCCUUGCCGGUAAGACACAGGAAGCCACCGAGCUGCAGCUCAAGGCGGCCACCUCGGAAUGGGCCUUUGCCAAGGGCGGCAUCAACGGUAGCAAAUGGGUUGUUGCCCACCUGCUGGGAUACCCCGCCACCAGCGCUGCCUGCCGUCGUCCGUACCCGCUCUUCUCCGACCCCAGCAAGCAGGAAUGGAUCGUGGAACUGUCGGAGAGGCUGCGACCGGUCGAAGAGGCUCUCGCCAAGCAGAAGCAGUAG